AUGCAGUGGAGACGGCGGCACUGCUGUCCCAUCAAGAUGACCUGGACGGUCAAGCGUUCGCUAUUCCGGACCCAUGUGGCUGGCCUCCUCUCUCUGGCCCUGCUCUUCACCCUCUUCCUAUUUUUCAGCCACCAGGACUGGCUGCCUGGACGCAGUGGGCCCCGGGAAAACCCACUGGCCUACACCGUCAGGGGCUUCCGUAGCCCCAAGGGAGAAGUGAACCAGAGCAGCUCCCUGAGGAGCCUGUGGAGGGAGACGGGUUAUGUAGCACCAAAGCCUCUGCUCAACCUCAGCUCUCAGCAGGCAGAGGGGCCAGUGGGAGAGGCUGGAGGAGGAGGAGGACUGGGCGGAGGGGGCGGAGCCAGGAUGGGUGUAAUGGGACUUGGGGACUCCAUGAGCACCAACAACAGUUUACAGAAGGAGAUGGGUGUGGGAGGAAGACUUAGUGCGCAGCCCUACCGCUACAUCCUGAACGAACCUUUCAAGUGCAGGGACAAUACGCCAUUCCUCAUCCUGCUCAUUGCAGCCGAACCCGGCCAGGCUGAUGCCCGCAAUGCGAUUCGGCAGACAUGGGGGAAUGAGAGUAUAGCAAUGGGCCUAGGGUUCAUUCGUCUGUUCUUGCUCGGCAUGGGAAAGAGCUCGGACACCUUCCUCCAGAGCAGCAUAGAGGAGGAAAGCCGUAUUCACCAUGACAUUAUCCAACAGGAAUAUCAGGACACUUAUUACAAUCUGACAAUUAAAACCCUAAUGGGCAUGAACUGGGUGGCUACCUAUUGCCCACGCGUCUCUUAUGUGAUGAAGACAGACAGUGACAUGUUUGUCAAUACUGAGUAUCUCAUCCAGAAGCUGUUGAAGCCUGAGCUGCCUCCCAAGCAAAGGUACUUCACCGGUUACCUGAUGAGAGGCUAUGCACCAAACCGAAACAAGGACAGCAAGUGGUACAUGCCACCAGAGCUGUACCCAAGCGAGCGCUACCCGAUAUUCUGCUCUGGCACAGGAUACGUGUUCUCAGGGGACAUGGCCGAGCAGAUCUACCAGGCCUCUCUAAGCAUACGCAGGCUGCACCUGGAGGAUGUAUACGUUGGGAUAUGCCUGGCGAAGUUGCGCAUUGACCCGGCGCCGCCACCCAAUGAAUUCCUCUUCAACCAUUGGCGGGUGUCUUACUCCAGUUGUAAGUACAGCCACCUGAUCACGUCCCAUCAGUUCCACCCUAAUGAACUCAUCAAGUUUUGGAACCACUUGCAGAGCAACAAGCACAACGCCUGUAUCAACAUGGCCAAGGAAAAGAACGGCAGGGGCAGACACCGAAGGUUUCACGGAGAGAGGCCUCCAUGACGCAUCCUGUGAUUACCACCCGCCUCACAAAAGGGAGAUGGGUGCACUGUAACGGCUGGUGGAGGGCAUGUUGAACUCAGCACUAUACACUGUAUGGGGAAAAGCACAUUGUUUUGGUAUUGUGUACAGUUGAAGAG